AUGCGGGAUGUAAAUAGUUUGCCCGGGGAUUUGCAAGACUACUCAAAGUAACUUUACCACAUUGUGCAUUCUCUUCUACUUUUUAGCGCAGACGUAGAGGAGGCGCUUAGUUCAUGUAUGUUCAGUUAGCUCGUCUUUAUCCCGUCACAUAAGUCGUGCUUCCGUUGGAUAAUAAGCUGACGGAAGUUGAGGCUGACCUGCGUAGUGAACUAAGGAUGCUAAAACAAAUGGUAACUGACAUCACCAUUUUUAAUUGGCAGAGGGUUUGUCUUAACGACCUAAACCAGGAAGCCAGUAACCUGCGUGUAAAAGAAGAAAGGAAUAAGAGUACGCUGUAUUUGUUCUUGUUUUUUGUCAGAUGUUAAGAAUACGGACAAGGCCAAAGAAGAGGCCAUGAAACUCCUAAAGUCUGGCGCCAUUUCCUUUGGAAGCGCUACUGAAAAGCACGUUUUUAAAAGAAAGAUCAGGGAGUCGGACUUUUUGUCUGGUGAUGUAGAAGACGCCUCAGGUAAUUUUGUGUGCUUACCGGCGCAUGCAUAAAGGUCAACAAAAAAACAAAAGAAUGAAUCUUUACGACAACUUCGUCUAUGGGGAAAGAAUGCAGCCGACGUCUUCUCAGCCCUUGAAAAAGGAGCCACCAGAGCCUUAUUCAAGUGAUACGGCAAGCUCAAAUGAUGUAAAGCGCAGUGGGAAGUUCAGUCGCUCGCCAUUGGGCUAUGAAGACCAGACCGGUGAUGUGACAGCAGCAAACAAACCUUUCAGUAGACAUGCUCCAGAGUCUUCAUCCUCCAACUACUCUUCUCUUAAGGAAGCCUCCAAUAGUCGUAGACGGGGUGGCACAACCAUACACAUAAAUUGUUGUGAUAUGUCCGAAUCCCUUAUUCGGCAAAUCCUAGAGCCUUAUGGGCCCAUUCAACGUAUUCGGCUAGACGAGAGAAAGAGGUACUCCCGUCUUUUCCUAAAUGACAAUAUUUUUUUGCGCAACCCAAACAGCUAUGAUCACAUGGGUUGAGGGUGCGAGUUAACAGUGGAUGAAAUCAGUCUUACUGUGCCGAUCAUGUAUUUUAAAAGUUUUCAGUUUAUUGCGGCAAACGCAUUUUUUGUGAAAUUUGGAACUCGCCUUUGCCAGUGUGUGUGUGCUGCCUCUGGCAUCUUCAUAGCUCACACACCUCCCAUUGUUACUAUUCAUCCACUAAGCUAAGUUUUUGCUUACUGUGAUUCUUCCCAAUAUCUUCAUAAACUCGGGACCGGUAAACGUGCCUUUAAACAAGCCAUGGGGAAACUCAAAUCCUUCUGUUUGCCAUUGUUCAGAAUUCCGCCUUGUAGAGGUCGGUCUCAAUACUCAAUCCACACUAUCCGUCUAUUUUUUCAAAACAGGUGUCGUUGUUUGCCGGCCGCACUUUACUGAGUCUCUUAUUAAAAAUGAGUUUCUUAGCCUCUGAGCUUUGAUCCUUAUAAACAUUCUUCAAGGUUUCAUGGCAUCCCAUUAACUCAAAAUGAUUUAUUUUGCAGCUACGCACUUGUGACCCUCAGUUCUCCAGAGGAAGCAGAAAGGGCUCUUCAAGUAGGCACCCGCGACCUAACUUUUAAUGCAUCUUCUAGUUGGACAGAACUAUAUUUGAAAACCGCCGACUGCGUGUUAACUACGCUCGUCGCCAGUUUAAGUAUUCCAGUGAAGGAGAAUUAUCUCAUUCUGACCGGUAUCCACCUCCACAACGUUCUUUCGGUUAGUCGACAUAUCUGCCUCUGUUAUUCUAUUGUAUAUUACUUUAAAACGUUUAAUUUAAAGUGAUAGCCAAUCUAAUUCCUUUAUAAAAUGACGUUUCUCCAAUUAUUUGGGGAAAUCUAGAUGUAAAUAAAGUAUAGCGAAACUUCAGGAUUUUGAACACCAACACUCUCCACCUACUUUGCUUUUGAUCAGGCUUAUUUGUGGUCAAAGGUAAUGCAGCGACCGACAAAGCUGUACAGUUUCUCUAUGCGUGCCGCGUACGACUUGGUCCUUACUCUAUACGUCCCGUGAUUCUUCUGAGAUCUGGUGCAAAUGCGAGUGGCUUAACUGCUACAUUAAGGGGCCAUUCCAGCCUGACCUCUAGUCCAGUGCACAAACGAGUAACUCAUUCAGUUAGCAGUCACUCAAACCACAAGUAGUAGCCCGUUUGGACGGGUUCUAGCGUGCCAGAUUGGUUAUGACCGGGAAUACACUGAUUCGUCGUAGGGAUGGAUGCCUGUACUGUGUCAGUCUCUCCCUUUCCUCGCCCCUGUACCCGUGAAGUAUGUCGGGGAUCUAAGCACUGGUUGUCCGACAGCAUUUCAAUGGAUUCGCGAUCGAAUGAUCAGAACAAUGUUUUGUAGCAUUGGGUAUGGACAUGAAGUCUAUCAGCAUUGAUAGUAAACUUGGUGGUGGUGGUGAUGAUGGGGGUGAUGAGGAUAAUAAUAAUAGCAAUAAUAAUAGUGUCUCGUGACAUGGGAUGUGGAUUCCUCGUUAUGACAUCGCGCUAGGCCCGUAAACACCAAAUGAGGCCAUUCCUCGCCGAAAAAUUCCGUUGACAGAGUUAAUACGAUGCCAACGGUUGAAUGCUUCCGUUGCUGGUACGUGACACUUUCUUUUUGCGGACCUCUUCCAUAGUCUUGACCCUUGUUAUUCUGUUCGUUUCGAAAUAAAUGCGCCAGAUUUAGGGCAGUUCGCCAAACCUGUCGACUCCGUGCGAGGCCAACACAGGCCUCGGGGUUGUUUUUCGGGUGCCCGAGAGAGAUGUUAAGGGUGUUUUUGUGUCGUCCUUGUGCACCUUAUUUACAAGCGCCCGUAGCGGCACAGUCGUUUGGCCAAUCGUUUGUCGGCCACACUCACGGAGGGACCGCUCCACCGUUGCUACAUCCAUCCCAGCCUCGUUCAAAAUCGUAGCUGGGACAGCAGCCGUUUACAUCCUCAGUUUCGUGUUGGGGAAUAUGCCUCAACGCUUUCAGUCGGAAAGUUAUCGCUUGCCUUAGGUCUUACUGGCGUUGGAGAGCUGACUUACAAUCUCAUCAACAAUUUUAAUUUUUCGUGCAAUUCUGCCUUAACUACGCGUGCUUAAUUUAUUCAAAUCCACUUUGGCACCGACGAUAUCCAUGGUAGAUAAUUGGUUUCUGUCACAAGUAUACUUGGGUGCGAAGGCGCCUUCAGGAUGGACGUCACCUUAGGGGGUAGAGGGACGAGCCUAUGGGGUUCAGCAGUUUGCCAAAAUGUUCCUUUCACGGAGGCGUCGUGUCUGACAUUGAAUAUCACGCCGUCAUCAGCAUCAGCUGGUUGACUGUCCCGCACAAUCGGCCGGUUCACGGGAGAGGGGAGAGAGAGAGAGAGUGAGAUCGACCGGGUACUCCGUCCGCACAGCACUCAGCACAUAUGCUUCACUAUAAACAGUCUGACGCGUUUCUUAACCAUCGCGAUGGGCCAAAAGCAGUGACUUAGGCGGCUGCCAACCGACGGGAUAAUUUAGUUUUCUUCUCAGAACAUAAUCAGGCUAUAAUGGUUCCUUUUUGCUGUUACCUUUGUGAACCUCCGACUCCGUUGGGAUCCGAGCCGCUCCUUUGUUUGUCUAAAAAACUGGUCCACCGUGCGCGGACUAGGCCUGUGUGGCACGCAUAGACGGGCCGUUUAGCUUUGUCAGUCAGUGCGCCCGAUCCCGCCCUCCGGUGUUCUUAACCCUGUUUUGACACCGGGCUCAGGUGGGGUAAAGAGGGAGUGCGGUAAACGCAGUGCAAGUCUGCCAUCACUAUAAAAUAAUUGGCGCGCAAAUAGCCAUCCCCGCGCCCACCCUGUCCUAAGGUAUACGGUGGACAUCGUCGACAGUGACGACGGAACUGUCAUCACACCAUCCUUAUUCUCUCUGAUCAUUGAGGCCAAGGGAUUGUGCGACUGAACUGUUUUCGAAAUCCCUUACAGUCUGCCUGCUAUCCCCAUUGGCUGAAACGCGUUCUAAAUCUUGGCCAACCUUCUCCGGAGUUUCCUGCGGCCAUACCACACAGUGCCUAUAAUUUUAUGACCUGAAGGGCUGGGGCUCAGUUUGUAGGCACAGUCAUUUGGAUCGUUCCGCUGAAGACCCGAUAAUUGUUACGACUCCCACUACUCAUUUCCGUAACUGCCUAUGUUCCAGACCCAAAUCUACAUAUUUCGCAGCAAAUUGUUGCUAAAGCCCCUUUUAUUUUGACCCAGCUGUGAAAAACUCGGCAACGUCGGUGGGAUUCGAAUUCACGACAUCAAGGGGAAGACAUAAGUACAGCCAACGCUCUAUCCACCUGAGCUACAAUGGCCAACUGAGAGCCGUGAAUUUAGGCACACUUUGGUCAGGUUGUCCGCCCAGUCUACUGAAACGCCUGUGAUCCACCAAAUCUGAUACAGUAAGCCGACUGCCCCAGCAUCAUUUCCCAAGUAACCCAUCUGGAAUCCACCAGAUGACCACCAGACUCAUAAACUGCCACUCGUGGCGCUGGGUAGUUAACAGCCGGGUGCGUGGCAGGUGCCGUCUUCCCUGAUGGCUUGGGAGAAGAUCCUCCAGCCAUCUGUACACUUCUGUCUAACCAAAUAUAUUUCUGAUACAAUAUAUUCAGGCGAAUCAGGUCGGAUGGGCUUUCCAUUGUCGUCCACAUAACUUAGGUGAGGUGUCGCCCGGUUGUUCGUAGUGCUUCGAAUGUUACAUUCUGUAGAAGACCGCGAUCCGAUCUCGCUGGCUCAGUCGGUAUCUAUGGGAUUUUUUAUUUCCUCUGAACAAAGUCAAUUUAUUCAUAAACCGUGGGAGGCUAGUACGCCUAUUUCUGUCAUAUUUCGUACCAGCAGUCUUUCGUUCUUCAUCCACAGGCCGGUAAGGCCUUAGCUUUGAUCCCAAGUCAAUAGGUUUGAAGUCCAGUGAGGACUACUAAGUCGCAGGCCUACGCUCUGACAGUUGUAUCCAAGCGUACUCAGUUCCUUGAAAUUUUUACUUCCUAACUAUAGAAUGAAACACCAGCCUUCUGUCUUGUCCUAAGGCCGCAUGCUAGACCAAAAUGGCAUAGAGCAGCUAGUUUUGAAGACAACGUCAGGGAGACUGGGGUGACCAUUCAGGCUCGUGAGGGCAAGUGGCUUCUGUUCUCCACUCAGGAUGGGUCAGUGUUAGUCCCCUCCCAAAUUACUCCUCGUCGUUAGCAAGCCCCGUUUAUCGCAUCUCGACAGUUCCAGGUAUUGUAAGGUCUGCUAUUUAUUGUAAUACGACUGACGUUGACGCCAAAGACGUGGAUGACUGUAGGUUAUGUCAUCCAUCCGGUGAAAUAUUUAAAGAGACACUAACUAUUAUCACUCUUCUUCAAGGCAUGAGAUAUCCAGUCAACGAUUAAGUUUGCGGCAAACCAAGUGUUAGUUCAGAAGGGGUCCUUUUAAGUUAACCAAAUUCCCGGGCGACUAUCGGUCAGUAAAACGGAUGAACCGUUACGGUUGGUGACAUUCCAACUACCGGAGUAUGCGACCGCAACCCGUCUCCCCCCGCACUCCCCAUUCUUAUGUGGUCGCGCGUCCCCCGUCGCGCACACGUUUCAAGCCGCCCUAUCGAUCGGUCCCGCCUUAUUUUUGCCGCGCAAGCCAAAAAGCGCCACGUCCAGCGGCGCGGGAGGCUUGGCUGGAGGAAAAGAGGGUGGGAGGAAGCCGCCAGGCAUGGAGGUCAAGGAUGGCAUUGGUCCGGUGCACAAAUGUUCCUAUCUCUUGGAUAAGAUGGUCGCAGACUACGAACGCUCCAAUCAGCCCUGGAGCAAGGACUACCCCUACAUGUCCAACGCCAGCCAGCAGAAUAUUCUCCCCACCUUCACAAAGGAGUUUUGUAUAUUUGAAAGCAGAUACGUGGACCGCAGUAUGCGACGCCGGCUGCUGCCCUCCUAUGCGAAGGAGCGAGCCAAAGAUUCGUCGAUAGGGAAGCUCAAUGAAAACUACUCCUCAAUGUUCUACGCUCAGCAUCGAGCCCAUGCCCGCCAUAUAGGCAGAACCCUGGCUGAAAGGGCCUCCAACGGUCCCCCCUAUGUCCCGCCCACUGAGCGUUUUGGUUACUCUCCUGAAGAGUCCCACCUGUGUCUGCCGCCUGAGCACAAAAAUCCUCCACCAGGUUUCCGUUCGGCGAUUAACCUUAAUUCCUCUGCCUGCCUGGGCUUUUGUGCCCCGACAGACAGGAUCCACCUGCUGAAAAAACACGAGCUGUCUGGUCGAUUCUUCUUUUAGUCGCCAUAUGCCUCCAUGAGGGUCUUUUUGCGUCAUCACGCUGAUCAUCAUUUUACCGCCUUCUUGCUGUACAUAUGCGUAUACAAACGCGAACUCACUUCUUUAGGUGGAUCGUGUAUUCUCAGGUCUUUCCAAUUCCUUGCCUUUGUUGCGCAGGCACUAUACUUGCUUCGUCGAAUAAAAAUACCUUCUUUCUCCGCGUCUCCAGUCCCAGUAUCCUUGUUCGGUUAAUUACUUGAUAAUCUACUAUUCCAUGUCUUCAAGAUGCAACAAAACAACUGACGAUAGUUUCAAGGAGAAGCAUGUAGGAUGGGAGGGUUUGUAGAUUUGACAAGACUCUAUUUUUUUAAUUUCAUCAUAACUUAAUCGUUAACUUGGAGUAGAUCAGUCUGUUUGAGACUUACAGACUCAGACCGUGUUAUGCAGCGGUGAAACGCGUGUCUAUGGGUUCUUAGCUAGUACCUAUGCCUUCAGUAUGGUGGAUCGUGCUAUUUACGCAAGACUCUGUUCCUUACGGCCUACAGUAGGUGUGCUAACUCAUGAAAUGUUGACUGAAAUUAUGAAAUACGUUGUCGUUUCGAAAAGAUUACUUAAGUAGAGUUGUAGAGCUAAUCAUCUUGCAGCAUAAUUCUAUAAUAAUUCAGUUACCUCGGGAUGCCGGCUUUCGAAUGAAUUUCAUUCCGGCCGCAUGCAAAAAUCAGACUGCACAAAAUGACCACUUCAGUAGCAUGAAUUUUUCUCAUUGACUUUCGAUGUCCUCAAAAAUUCAAUUAUAGUUCAUAGAAAACAUGCAUAAAUAUAUUCAGUUUUUUACUCAUUUGGUAGAAAAUUACUUCUUUCAAUUUGAUACUUGAAGAACGGGUAUAAUUCGGUUUUAAAAAAGUUUCCGGUUGUGAGCUUUUUUAGUACCAUGAAAUGUCCGUUAAUAAAAUAUCGUGCCUCUUAGUAAUGUGGCCUCUUAAGUUUGCCAUGUGUCUCAAACCCACUGCUAAAUUUCAUGGACUCCAUACGAUCUCCUCUUAACAACGUAGAGAAAUGUAUGGUUUUUCGUACACGGAGAAUAUACGGCUUGUGGUUUGGAAACCCUGAAUGCAAGUGUAACGGCAGGUCGUGUUCAAAAUUAUCCGGAGAUUGAAAAGUUUUUGAGAACCAAACUAUAUACCCUCUCUCAAAGUUUAAAAUUGGGAGGAGUAAUUCUCUACCAAAUGAGUAAGAGAAUGAAUAUCUUUAUGCAUGUUUCUAUGAACUAUAAUUGAAUUUUUGAGGACAUCGAAAGUCAAUGAGAAAAAUUCAGGCUACUUAACCAGUCAUUUUGUGCAGAGUCUGGUUUUUGCAUGCGGCGGGAAAGCAAUUCGUUCGAAAGCCGGCAUCCCUAGGUAACUGAAUUAUUAUAGAAUUAUCCUGCAAGAUGAUUAAUUUUACAACCCUACUUAAGUAAUCUUUUCGAAACGACAACGUAUUUCAUAAUUUCAGUCAACAUUUCAUGAGUUAGCACACCUACUGUACCUCACCGCGAGGGUGCCUGUAACUGGGUUAGUCGCAGUCUUUUCUUUCUAAAUUUGCUAGGGACAGCUUUAUUUUCUGUUGAUUUCUGGCUGGCUCUGUACACCAACUGUCGAAGCAUUUCUAAUUAACGGAGACAUUUCCCAUCUGCUUGAUUCUGCGCCCCUUUACCAAUGGUAUACGUGAUCGCACAUAACCAAACAUAGCAGGUAAAAUUAAUGUUCAAAUGAAAAUCAGUCAGCGUGUACUCCCCGUUGGGAAUCCAUGUAAGGGAGUUCCGCAGGCGAAAGACUAAGCGGAUACUGUGAUUGAAGGUAACUUUGGUCAUUUCCCCUUGUUUAGCUUCUUGUAAUGCGUCCAAUAGGUUCUUUUCACUGUAAAGAAGAAACCUGAGGUCAGACCCGUUUCCCGAAAAGCUUUAGAUGCACAAUUUCAGUCUUAUUAUGGUCUUUGCCAGUUGCAAUAACUUUUUUUCGGUCAGAUGUGGUUAUGUAGCCGCACUCGAGGUAAACAAACCCCAACCGCUUGUAAUACGUAACCGGCGGUAAUAGGGGGUCUUUACAGGUGGGACCGGGGAACGCACAGGCGACGAGGUCAAGUAGUUGUAUGCAAAAGAAAAACUUUUGGAAAUGCGCGGUUGUACUUUGAGUGGUUGAGGAAUAGUUGCCCUAACCCUUACCCCUAACCCUAACCCCAACAGUAUUGUGUCCAAAAGGCGCGGCUACACAACCAUAGUUUAGCAUUUUUUCAUUUGAAAGGCGACAAAAGCGAAAAAAACGCACCGAUUAUGAUUUCCUCCAGCUGUUUAGGAAACGUUUACGUGCGCUUGGUCAUCUUGUCAUGUACGCAGGAGCGUUGCCCUCCAUUCUAUUGAUAGUCGAGAGUAAGGUCUGUCGUCUUGUUAUCAUUGCUUCGGUCACGCUUUAUCCUAUCUUAACAGGUCCUCCGAAGACAACCAAGCCGGAAGCACCCCACUCGGAAACCGGUUCACGGAAUCUUGUCGACUAUGGCGAUGUUGACUUCUAG